GCUGUGGCCCUGAACCUUUUUCCCUUAGCCUCGCAGGUACCUGGUCGCCCGCUCGUAUCCCUGGGAUUCGCCUACCAGUUAAACUAGCUUUCCACCGUCCGACGACUUUCUUCUUUCCUUUUUCUCUUUCGUCUGCUUUUCUUUGGCUUCACAUCAUCACCACCACCACCACUGCGGUCUAUCACCACCCACUCCGAUCAUCGGUUGUCUGUAACGUCCACGCUCCCCAAAGGGCAUUCACGGAAUCGUUGGCCUGAGAGUCCACGUACUCAAGAUGGCUUCAUUCAAGGAAUUGUCCUUUUCCCGCCCUCUCCCCCAAUCCAAUUCUCGCCACCAUUCUCACUCGAUCUCGCUCGGUGCGGUCAACUCCAAUUUCCGGGUUACUCGCCGGAAGAGCGUUACUACUGCAGCUGCCGCAAACGCAGCCGCCGCGGCGGUCGCGGCGUCGAUCAGAGAGGUGCCUGGGGAUUCAACAGGAAUUACGAUGCCUUCCCACCGGCGGGGAAGCCGGAAGGGCCUAGAGUCUAGCUCGGUCGGGGCCCCCUCCGGUUUCGGCUCCUAUCUGUCACGAAGCAUCAACAGUCCGAGCCAAGAACCCCCGGUCGCUCGCAAGCCAUCGCCCAACCACGCCCACGAUGGAUCAUCAACCGGCCCAACCCCUGCAGAUGCCAGUAACCCAAAUAACAAGCCGGUCAGCACCAAGAACCGAAACCGACGGGCCAGCGAAGGAUCGCACCUGGUCAAAGGCGAAGGGAAGCGGGCCAUGGCCGACCUUCGCUGCGAUCGUUGCGGGAAAGGGUAUAAGCAUGGCAGUUGCUUGUCCAAGCAUAUGUGGGAACAUAACCCUGCAUGGGCCAUUACCUCGAAGCUGUUGAUCUCCAAGCACCAGCAAGUCCAAUUGCUGGAGGCUGCCUCCGUUCUGGUCACUAUGACCCAGGAUGAGCCAGAAGAGAACGGAGAAGCCGAGUCAGACGUAUCUUCCGCGUCCCCAGAUGCAUCGUCGGAGCUCCGGGACGGCCUCAGCUCGGCAGAGACCACCCCGCCUCCGAUGGAUGAGGAUGAUGAUGACGACGAUGAAGAUAUGUCGGUCGAGCCGGCAACGAUGGACAAACGAUACAGCGUUGGCAACCUAUCCGCCCACUUCUCUCACUCCUAUCAGUCCGGUCCCUCGAGCUCCUUCACAGGGAGUGCCCCGUGGGCGUCACCGGCAUUCUCGCAUUUCCGCCACUCCAGCAUCGACACCCGCCCAUCCACCGCCGAAGCGAAGCUGCACGAAGACGAUGAGGCGGAUCUGGCGGCCGCCAUCGGCCUCUGCAACUUUGGCACCCCGCGCAUGGGGCCCGUGCCCAUGUCGCCCAGUGUGCCCCCGGUGCCUCCACUCCCUACGCGCUUCCUGGAUCAAGCCAGCUCUGCCGACCAAGGCCGUAGCCUGGACCAGUCGAGAUCCGGUGCCACCGAUGCGGCGUUCUCGAGCCCGACCCCGAAUAUCUUCCUCUCACUUUCAUAUAAUCCCUCCUUGUCUUACAAGGUAUCGGACGAGCGCGAAGUGCGAACGGGCAAUGCGGACCGUGCCAAGCGGCAGCAUCGCAACGCGGAUGUCGACUUUGGGAGCCGUCCGACACAGGCCGACGACGACGAUGACGGCGUCUUCGGUCGAAUGGAAGAGUAGACGUUCUCACCCUUCACGUCCUCC